AUUCAAAUUGUAUGGAAAUCUGUUCUGAUUUUAUAGUACGAACUACAAAUUUUGCACCCGUGUUCAGGAGCUACUUAACGGGCAAGCUCUGUGGAAAUAACUCAUUUAGUGCUUCUGUCCAGUGCAUACGAUUUGUGUUUGUAUUACACAUACUAGAAAUUGUGCACCCCGUGCAUCUCACCGACUUUGUACUAAUAAAUGACCUUAAAAUUGUGCAUCCCGUGCAUCACCCGUGUUCACAUAUUGGCCUAUUACAG